UUGAUGGGACAAAAGAAUCAGGAUUUGCACCUCGUCCAGUAUCUGGGUCACAAGUUCUAAAUCAAGUUAGAAAAAUAAAGUUUACUCUCGGGCAAUCGUCUGAUAAGGUAAGCAGGGUUAUGAAAAAUACAUGGGAAAAAAGGAGCAUUUUUUACAAUCUUCCUUAUUAGGAGUAUAACUUGAUGUGUCAUAAUCUUGAUGUGAUGCACAUAGAAAAAAUGUGUGUGAUAACUUGAUUUAUACAUUGUUGGGUCUUGGUAAAAAGUCAAAAGACAACUUAGAAGCUCGAUUAGACUUGAAGGAUAUGAAAAUAAGACCCAGCUUGUGGCCUCAGCGUCGGGCAAGUGGGAGGACAUAUCUUCCUCCUACUUAUUUUACAAUGUCUCCGGCAGAAAAGGAGUUGUUUUAUGAAGUACUACAAAAUGCCAAGUUUCCACAUGGCUAUGCUUCUAAUAUCGCUCAUUGCAUUCGCAAACGAAACAUAUCAGGGCUAAAAACUCACGAUUGCCAUGUUAUAAUGCAAGAACUUCUUCCUCUUGCAUUGUGGCGUUCAACAGAUAAAAAGGUGAGUUAUGUUAUAAUUGAACUAUGCACAUUCUUUCGAGUUCUUUGUGGCAAAGCGCUUAAAAUAGAAGAGUUAGAAUUACUUGAAGAAAAAAUUGCCUUAACACAUUCUAAUAUGGAGAAAAUCUUCCUCCCAUCAUUCUUUACUGUUAUGGUACACUUGGUUAUUCACUUGGCAACUGAGGCUAAAAUUGUGGGGCCAGUACAUUAUCGUUGGAUGUACCCAAUUGAGAGGUACUUGGGUAUUUUGAAAUCAUAUGUUCGUAAUCGGGCAUGCCCAGAAGGUUCAAUAGCAGAAGCAUACAUCGCAAAUGAGUGUUUGACAUUUUGCACACGAUAUUUGGAAGGUGGUGAUUCAAGGUCUUAUUGGUCGAGAAAAAGUGAUGAUGAGAUUGAGAAUCCGACUGAUAGAGAAGGAUGUCCUUUUCCUUCUGUUGGGGAGCCUUCUGGCAUGAUAGAUGUAUUUGACUUGGAUGAUAAAACAUGGUUGCAAGCACAUCGACAUGUCCUUUUCAAUUGCGAAUCAGAGGUGGUUGAGAAUUAUAAAAAUGAACAUAUUGCUGAAAUCAAGAGAUUAUAUCGUAAGCGUCGUCUUAGACCUCAUCAACUUGAGCGUUUGCAUUUUGAUACGUUUCAUGAGUGGUUCAAGGAGCAAGUGAAGGAGUUGGAGGACACAUCUAACAUCCCAAAGGAUGUUCUAUUCCUUGCAAAAGGGCCAACUUUUGUUGCAAGAAGAUUCAAUGAGUUCAAUGUAAAUAAUGGCUACCGAUUUCGAACAAAACAAUGUGAGGAGUUCAUGAAGACACAAAAUAGUGGUGUUAUGGUCAUUUCAAAGACUGAAAGUCAUGCAAGUACAAGCGACAAUGCUCCGAAGUCUGCCAAUAUCACCUAUUAUGGUCGAUUGAAUGAUAUUGUGGAGUUAAAUUACUAUGAAGAAUUUAAGGUUGUCUUAUUUAAGUGUGAUUGGGUUGAUGUAACCAAAGGUAGAGGAGUUAAGGAAGACGAAUUAGGUUUCACACUUGUGAACUUCUCACACCUUAUAGACUCUGGCGAUCGAGGAAGUGAUGAGCCUUUUAUUUUUGCAAACCAAGCUCAACAAGUAAUAUUUGUGCAAGAUCCUAAAGAUCGCGAAUGGUUUGUACCUAGGCCAAUUAAACCUCGAGACAUUUUUGAUAUGGGAGAGGAAAAUAGUAUGCAGUUUGAGUCAUCAAUGCAAAAUGAUGCCACUGACUUAAUAAUAUUAGAAAAUGUUUGUGAUUCAAAUUAUGAGUGUAACGAUUGGUAAGAAGCGAUGUUGAUGGGAUAGAAAUUGAAGUGCAAAAUUCUCGAACUCCUCCAAAUGAAGAUGAAGUAGAUGUUGAUGGAGGAAAUGACAUUGAAAUGGAAGUGAUAAUGAAUAAGAUGGGUGCU